GAAUAGUUCGAGCACACUUGUAUGCCGCCUAUGUAGUCUAAACAGCGAAGGGACACAACUCUCCGUGCCGCUCUCACAUGCCCAGAAAAAGUAGCCGGUCGAGGUUUUCCACCGAUCUUCAGAGUUGAGCUGCAAAGUAUAAUGGCGACGGAAAGUAUGCUCGGUUCUGAAACGGAUGAUCUUAGCUUUUCAAAUCCAGCUGGAGCCGCUUUACUUUUAAUAAUCGGAGAACCUCAUUCAGACGGUCACAGGAAUUUAAUUUUGGACGAGAUUACCAAAGGAUUCCGAUGCUGGGAUGAGGAAGCUAUAGGAAUUGACAUCAACGAUGAGUUGUCACAGAUUGCCAACAGGGCAGCACUGGGAAAUGAAGGACCAAAUGGUGAAAGGAUUAUUCGUCACAAGUCGGACAACAUUGCUGUGGAGAUCUUGGUCAACCCCCAGACUGUAACAGUGCGCAGGUCCUUGAAGAGUUUCCUCACCAUCCAGUCCCCACACAAGUUCCUCAUCUACGCUGGCCAUGCUUUCCAGGGCUCUGGAGCUUGGGUCCUUCAGGAUGAUGUCUUCACGUUUGCCAAUUUGGCCCAUGUUUUCAAGGACACUGAUGUUGAAAAUGCGAUCAAGCAGAACCCAGGCAGUAACCUGACUGUGUACACGCUUGCUGGAAGCGACUGGCGAAGUAGCUUUAGCAAGCAUGACUUUUGUAAGGAAAUACAUAUUGCGGUGAACCCUCCUGAGAAGUUGCACAAUGUCCACGGCAUCCUUCAGUUUGCUGCUUACAUCGGCAGCUUUGUCAAGUCGCAGAAUGUCACCACCAUGCUGCAUUCUUCAGAGAUCGUCGGCAACAUAAAGUUCAGCCGACCAACGUUGUACAUCUUCCCUGGUUGCCAGGGAGAUUCUGCUCUUUUUGGUAUCAAUGGCUUUAGCCUUCUUGUCAAUGGUGGAUAUAGUAGGAGGUCUUGCUUUUGGGAUUUCACCCGUCACUUAGAUAGAAUAGAUGCAUUUCUGCUCACACAUUUAGGCACAGAUAAUUUGUUUGGUAUUGGAUCGGUUUUGCAACGAAAGCAGAUUGAAAAUGUCCACCCUGAAAUUGGCUUUAUGUACCUAAACUCUAGUGAGAAAACUAGAAAUUCUCCAUUGCCUAGUGCAGAGGAUGUAAACCAGAAAGAUCCUGGUUUGUUGAUAAAUUUGGCAGAGGAGGGAAGUCGUCUGAUAGAUUUUUCUAAGCAGUUAGGCCAGCUUCCUCAUCCAUGUUCACGCACAACUUCUGGGCCAAACCAGGAACCUGUAAAUCUCUACCAUAAAGUUGGUCACGGUUCACUGGACAUGUACAUCCUCAAUCCUGUUCAUGACUGCAAGGAACUGAAGGAGUUUUAUCUGCAGUGGAAUAAGCAAGUUAACAACUUUGGAGUCCAGCAGCAUGUGCCCCUACCCAACAUGCUAUCCAUCUGUGCAUUGCUGGUUUGGAGACCAUCGAAUCCAAUGGACAAAAUCACCAGGAUCUUCUUUCCUGGUAAUGCACCACAGCACAAGGUUAUUGAGGGACUGGAAAAGAUAAAGAACCUGGACUUCCUGAAGCAUCCACAUUGCUGUCAGAAGGACCUUCAGCAAGCGAAGAAGUCUCCAUCAGCAUCACGAGUUACAGGAACCAAGACUACAGUGAGAUCAUCGGCCCCUGUGAAAGCUGAACCAGCCAGAAGAACAGAAAGAGCAGAACGACCAAAGCCACCAGUACCAACCACCAUGUCAAGAGGAAAGGUUGUCAAGGAGGAUGCUAAUAAGAAGGCUGCAACCAGGUCCAAAGACAUAAAGAAGGACAAAGAAAAAGAGAAAAAGGAGAAGACGGACAAAUCUAAAUCUUCAGCAUCUUCUAGUCCAUCAAAGAGUUCUGUUUCUGCUGCUUCUCCAUCAAAGAGUUUGACUCCCACUGAUGUCCUACCUGAGCCAAUCUUACCACAAGAGAAACCUGAAUCACCAGUUAAAUCUGAACCUGAACCAGAGCCAACUCUUCAGGAUACCAGUGCUAAAGAGCAGCCGCUGAUAAAUCACGUAAGUGAACAAGCACCAGUGACCGAGUCAGAACAGCUGUCUAAUUCAGUGAAUGAAGUACGUGAAUCUGCAUCACCAGAGCCACUUCCAGAUCCGACUCAGUUUGAGCCUACUACCUAUGACAAUGUUCAGCAGUCUCCUUCUCAGCCUCUGUUUGAUAAGCAAAGACUUAUAGAGCUUGGCAUUUAUGAUGAUGACUAUGAAGAAAGUGAACCUGCAGUACCAAAUGCCAUUUCUGAUAAGCAAAAAUUAGAAGAUAUGGGGAUUUAUGAUGAUGACCAUCAGGAAGAUGUCUCUUCUGCUGUGGAUCCUAUUUCUCAGAACCAUCACACUCCAGUAACAUCACCUUUGUCUCCUGGAGAUGAAGACCUGCUUCAACCACAAGCUCUGCCAGAUCCUGUGGCAAUUCUUGAACAAGCCCCACUAAUACCAGAAAAAGAUUUCAUGAGAGAUGUGACUCCUGAAGGAGUGACUAAGGAAGAAGUGGAACCAGAAGAAACUAGAGCCGAAUCUCCUGCUCGAGUGAUGGAAGCUGAAGAAAAGGAGAAAUCUCCUGCUCCUUGUGAUGAUAGUAUGUCAAAGGGGGAUUCAUCUGCCCCUUUUUAUGACAAUACAAAGGAAGAUUUUCCUGCAAUUUAUGAUGAUGAUACAAAAGAUGAUUCCCCUGCACCUUGUUAUGGUGAUACAAAGGACGAAUCUCCUGCACCUUUUGAAGAUGAUACAAAAGAUGAUUCACCUGCACCUGGUUAUGGUGACACAAAGGAAGAUUCACCUGCACCUUGUGAUGAUGAUACAAAAGAUGAUUCACCUGCACCUGGUUAUGGUGACACAAAGGAAGAUUCCCCUGCACCUUGUGAUGAUGAUACAAAAGAUGAUUCACCUGCACCUAGUUAUGGUGACAAAAAGGAAGAUUCACCUGCACCUUGUGAUGAUGAUACAAAAGAUGAUUCACCUGCACCUGGUUAUGGUGACACAAAGGAAGCUUCACCUGCACCUUGUGAUGAUGACAUAAAGGAACAUUAUGAUGAUAAAAAGGCAGAAUCACCUGUCCCUGUUUACAAUGAUUUGGCUGAAAAAGAAGAAUCUCUCGUUGCAGGUCAUGAAGACCCGGCGGAAGAUAUCCCAUCUUCACCAGAACCAACAGAAGAUCCUCAAGAAUUUGCUUACCCAUCUGAGCCUGCAAAGAAAGAAGAGUCUAGUGCACCUUUCAUACAUGAACCGGAUGUCACACCUGCACAAGCAUCAAUAGAGCAAAGCCUCCAGUACGGUAUUACUGACGAUCAGAUUCCACACAUGGGAGGGAUCAGAGAGGAGGAAGAGGAAGAUGAUGCCAUUCAUAAUGAAUCCAUUGAUGAUAAGGAUCACUUAAUAAAUAUUGCGGAAGAUACAAUGCAUCCAACAGAGCAAGAUUCUGACAUUAAAGCAGAGGGUGAUCAUGUGAAUGAAGCUGACAAGACAAUGGAGAGAGAAACAGACCUGGUGGAUAAACAAGCUAUGGAAGACUUGGGGAUUUCUGAAGAAGAUGACCAAGAAGUAGACACUCGUGACUCCCUUGAGAGAGAUCCUAGUGCAUUUGUUUAUGAAAAGGAAGUUGAUUUGGAGGAAGAAGAAGGACAAGUGAUAAAUCAGGAGGAAAAUAUCCGGCCUGAUUUUGACAGAGAAACCCAUGAUGAGAUGCACCAAAUGAAGACAGAUGCUCAGGAUGAGGCUCAGGAUGAAAAUGCAUCUGCCUGCUUUUCUAAAGAACAAGAUUCAGUUACAGAACAUAAUCAUAUUAAAGCUGAAGAGUCGCAGGUUGCCCAUGAUUUAUCGUAUGAUGGAUCUGCCCAUGAAAUGGAAGGUGAACAGGAGUCAAGUAUUCCUGAAGCUUUUGAAAAGGAUGACACUCCUCAACCAAGGGAAAACCAGCCCUUUGAUUUCUCAGGAGGUCUGAUUGAGAAUGUCAAUGGAACAGGGAAGAUGGGGGACAAAGAUGAUGAUACCGAUUCAAUUGACGGAGGAACCCCAGAUGAUGACAAGGAUAUUGAUGAAUCAUUUUCCCACAUUCAAGAAAAGCAUUCAAAGGAUGCCCCUACUCCAGAAAUGGAGAAUGACGUGCCAGCCAAUAUGCGUGCUGGAUUUGAUUCCAAAAAUCCUUUUGAUACAUUAGAUCAGCAGGGAUACAAUCCUUUCAUUGGUAUUGAAGAUACUGGGUCUGCACAACAGCCACCUGCCAACAUGGCAGGUAUUGAACAAGAGUCUGCACUGGAGGCCAAUAAGGAAUUUGAUCCAGUUGCUGAGUGGGGCCAACCUAUGGGACUUCCUUCCCCAUCACCACCAGAAGAAAACAAAUCCGAUGUGGCCACAAAUGGAAUUGCUUCAGAUGUCUCAAGUAAAUCCCCCAAAGCUGCGAAGACUGCUAAAAAUGGAACAACUAAGAUGGCUGAUGCCAAAAAGUCACCACCUCGUACCAAGUCCCCAGAAAAAAGACCAGCUUCAGCAACUAAAACCAGAUCUGCAAAUGGCCUCACGAACAAGUCCACUGACCUGCACACAAGGACUGGUCGACCUGGGUCUGUGGCAGCUGACAAGAAGACCGAAACAAAGAGACCUGCCACAGCAAGUACGGAGAAGAAACCCGCUACGGCACGUGCACGACCUGCCACCGCUCCUGCGUUGCGACAGACGGACUCGAAAACGCGAGCCACGGCAACAAGCCGCCGACCAGCGACUGCCACUAGUCGAUCGUCCCCAGUGAACAGUCGGGCCGCACCUCUCCCUCCCCUGACCCCGUUCUACGUGGAUCUCACCUAUAUUCCCAACCAUGGUGACCCACUGUACAGCGAUGUGGAGUUCUUCAAGCGGAUCCGGGCCAGGCACUAUGUCCUGAGCUCCCUGUCGCCCAACCCGCAGAUACUGAACUCGCUGCUGGAGGCGAAGAGGCUGUGGGAGGACAAGGAGCUGGAGGUGACUGUCAUUCCAACGUACGAUAACGAAACACUUCGUCACUGGAUGGGACUGCACAAGGAGGACCUGGGCCAGCUGAAGAUCGACGUCGCGCCCUCAGCCAGUCGCUGCACCAUUCAGCUUCAAGACCACGAAACCAGCUGCUCAGCUUACAGGCUUGAGUUCUGAGCCAACCGUGACCAAAAUAUUGCAGUUACAGAAGCCAAGGGGUCCUUCGCAGCCCCUUUUGUUUUCUGCAUGUAGGCUGAGGGGUUUUUUUUUGAAUGAUGUGUGUGAACACGUGUACGAGGUUGAAUCCAUGUUAAGCAAUGUUGUUGGUUACUGUCUUAGUUUUUGCUUCUUGAUUGUGGUUGGGGUGGAAAGGUGUCAAGUCGUAUUAUUGUUCUGAAGCUGGAGUUUGGUUGGGUUUUUUUGACGAGAAUGCAUCAUAUGAUAGUCUUACUUUAUCAAUAUGCUUUUUGGUCUUUGUUGUAAAGUUGUUGCUUCAGUUUAUCGUUUUGGACUUCUUGUGAAUCUUUUAUCUCAAACUUUUGUGAAUGUAUGUUUAGACAUAUAAUAUAUAAGUUGGUCUUUUCUCUUCUUUUUUUAGUGGAGUUGUCUUAACAAGAAUUGUGAUUUAGAGUAGACUUUUGUUUAUUACACCCCAAACCCAAAGCAAAAAUGGUAUGAACAUUUCAAACAGUAUUUAACACUGUAGAAAGAACUGGAUAAGAUGUUUGUAAUAAUUCAAGACAUAGGAUUGCAUUGGGUAUAGUUGUCAAAUGUUCACAAUUUUCAGCUGUAAAACAUUGUUGAUUCCACACCUUUUUCAUGUUAAAUCUAAUUAGUCUGGUUUGAACAGUUUUUUUCUGGUGUAGACAGAUGCCAGUAUUGAAAAAGAGUUCUAUAUUAGCAGAAUUGAUUUUGAUGUGAUACAGUUAGUUUUUGUAGCUAUAUUUCAGCAGAUGUUACGAGUUUUCAUGCUAACACUUGUUAUGAUCUUAGUAAAUUUAGCCAAAUAUUUUGAACUUAUUUGGUAGAUAAUUUAUCAGAUUUUUAAAUUCUUGCUUUUGAUUGAUGUUUCACAUACAGAAUGUAAAUGGAUUAUUACCAUUUCUAUUGCUGCACAUUUAUAUUGUGAAAUUUUUAUUGUAAUUCAUGAUUAUUGUAUUCAAACAUGUUUAACAGAAUAUAAAUGAUAAAAUGUUGGACAUGCAUACUUUCAUCCUGACAAUAUGAAUAUUAUGGUGUUUUUUAAAAACUGACUAGGUAAACCGAGUUAAAAUCAUGUGAGUUUUCCCUCAUUUUGUUUUUGAUUCCAUAAACAAAUAUGAAAAUUAUAAUUAUCAAGAUACUCUAGGAAUUUUUGGAGUCUCUAAACUGAAAUCAUUUAACAAAUUAAGACUGAGUUAAGAAUAAAUUGAUGCAAAAUGUGGAGUUUUUUUAAAAUAUAAAAAAAAUAAGAUAAUAUUAUAUUAUAUUCAUUUUGCCAGACUUCCUAAAAGUCCUAUUGUGUACUGGUGAAACCUGCAGCUACACACUGCUCAAUUAUACAGACUUUUCGUCUUUUGGGACUACUGGUAACAUCCAGUGUGUCAAUUUAAAGAUGAUGUCCAUUUAUAAAAAAAACAGAAGAAAAAAAGCUGGUCCAUCCUUUCUAAAUUUUGAAGGCCAGACUUAGACUUUUAACCCAAUCUCUAGCCUUUAACUACAUGCUAAUUGUUUGGGACAGACUUUUAUCAAAGCUUUCAGUCUUAACUAGUUUUGGAAACCACAGGUCCUGGAAAUUGUAUUACUAUUACUGAAUUUGUAAAACUAUUAUUGAAUGGUUUUUUGAAGAAGAAAAAAGUUAGGGGUCUUCAGUUUUAUAAAUGUUCAUAGUCUGUACAUGUAGAGUGGUUAUGUUUAUUUUAAUAUGUGCUUAAUUAUUACUGAAUAUUUUCACUUUUCCUUUUUAUUUUUUUAUUUUUAUUUUUUAAACAGUCAACUACCAGACUCUCCUUUAUUUUCAGAUCUUUAUUAAUGUACACUGUAUAUAUACUAAAUACUUAUGUGAUGAUUAAUAUGCAACUGCCAUGUAGAGUUGGCUCAGUGUAUAGCCUUUAUUUCCAAAACUUGUGUCACAAAACACUUCCGGAAGAAAGAAAGGAAGGAAAUGUUUUAUUUUAUUUUUUUGAUAAUACCCAGGUAAUGACAUUGCUAUGAAACAACACUGUAUCAGUUGUUAAACAUGAAUUAUAAAUGAAGAACCGUAUCAUAUUGUGAUUCAGUCUUUAUGAGGAAAGGUGAGUGAUCACACACACUCAUGCUCCCCUCCACACUAGCCUGAAAAGGUUUAGGAGAGUGCAUAAAUAAAUUUUAUUUCAAACUUUGUGAUUGCGCGCCUAGCACCAUUCCAGUAGAGUGAUCCCAAACUCCCCUUGAUGUUUUUUUUUGGUGAAAAAGGUUGAUUAAUUUUUAAGAAAUACAUUUUUAAAUUUUAAAUUUAUUUGACAUGUUUAAUGAAUAAUUACAAAAUACUUUUGUACAUGUUCAUUAAGUAUUUCUGUUGAUGGAUUCAAGGUCUUGUCAUACUGAAACAGAUUACCGGUAUACAUGUAUUGUAAAUACAUAUACAGUAUUUGUAUAGCCUUGUCACAUUUAACAACAAUAGAUAAAUAAAUUCCAUAUUUAGAUUUACCGUGGCACAAUAUUAUUUGAAUAGUGCAAAUGUAAUUUUGGUGUUGGUUUUAUGUAAACCCAAUUCUUGCAUUGACAUGUGUUUUUAACUGCAUAAAAAUGCAGUAAUACCGUCAUUCUUUAUGAGCAAGUUAUGGAAAUGCUGUGUUAUACCAGGGUACAAAGUAGUAGGUGGCCAGAUUGUGAUAUGCCAGUGUAUUUUGAUAUGUAUGCAUGACCUUGAGUGAUAAAUCUUGUCUCCACAAUUUGGAGUCGCUUAAUACAGUGUGAAUGUCAUAUUAAUCAGAAAGUGCGAUUGCUGCCCAUUGCUUUCAUUUACAACUUCCUCUGUCUCUUCUUUUUCUAAUUUCUGACAAAUAAUUUCAUUAAAAAAAUCUAAAGACUUGAAAUGUAAUUUGAAAUUAGAUGCAUUUAUUGAAUAAUAGAUAUAAUUUAGGACAAAUUAUUUACAUUAAUUCUUUUAUAAGACUGUUUUUUUAAUUAUUUGUUCAUCAUAUAUGUCAAAAAAGUAUUUACAGAAUAUCAUAUCUGUCAAUUUUGCUUAAUUAUUGAACUUGUUAUGUGCAAGAAUAUACACCACAAGCAACAUUUACAUUAAAAAGCAAAUAACUUGUCCAAUAUGAAACCAUAACACAUGCUCAUCUGUAUGCUCAUCAUAUGUUAAGAAAUUUAAGUUGCAAUCAAAGUAGAUUGAUGGAACAGGAAAAAUAAAAGUACUGAAAAUCUUGGCAAUCCCAUUCUUGGAUCAGAAUAUGUCGUCUCGUGUUUUGAAGUGUUAAACAAAUUUCUAAUCUACACUUAUUUCUUGCUUCAAAAAUUCAUUUUAGUAUAUUGAUUAUUGGUAAGUUUUAAAUGUUUUGCCAUGCUAAAUACAUGUGAAUGCUUAUUGCUAGUGAAACUAACUAACUAACUAAAUAAAUAAAUAACUAAAUAAAUAAUGAGAUUAGGUGCCAGUAAAUUGUUUAUUAGGGUUAUAAUACUAAAAUGUGAAGUUUUAUCCUUUUUUUCUUUUUUUUCUUUUUUUCAGUUGAAAAAGCAUAUUAUUAUUUUGUAAUAAAAAUGGCAACAGUUCCAAAAAUAGAACACGUCCAAAACUGAUUUUUUUUAUUUUUUUUAAAUAAGGAAUUUUGUGUAUUUCAUUUUAACCUUUAAUCAGCACAUUUAACGUGUUGUGUCUACCACUUCCUUUCUGUUUCUUUGUGUUAGUGCAUCUUGUAAGCUCAGUGAUUGUCCGUUUUCACUUUAAAAAAAAGGUAGAUCUUAUGCUUUGCUAGACAAUUUUAAAAAACCCCAAAAUAUGAUUAAUGUUUUACACUAAUGUUAUUGGUCUCUUAGGGCACACUGAACAUGUUCAAGGUGGUUAACUUUGAUGUAGUUCCUGGAAAAUAGUUUAUUAUUUAUAUAGAACUGAAAAUACUAAGCAUGUUAUUAAAUAUAUAUGUUCCCCAGACAAAUGAAAAUUAAAAAAAAUUAUUAGUCAUAAUCAUCAUGUGUACAAUUGAAGGGAAAAUUUGAAUCUUCGUUUCAGUUUCAAAUGACAAACGGAAUGACGUUUGAUAAUUAUCAAAGGAUUGAAUAGUUUUAAUCAAGUAGGAUGAUUAUGUUUGACGUGCUGCAAUACAGCAUAUUGAGAAGAAUACAAUGUGAUGGGUCCUCGUUUUUUUUUUUAAUACAUACUGGUACCGGUAUGUGUUGUAGAAAUCAAGUACAGCAUGAAAAAAGUCAAAUUUUCAAAGAGGAUUUGUACCAUGUUAAUGAGAUUGUCCCAAAUUUGCAGCCUUUGUUUAGAUUUUCCUGACUGAGACUUUUUGAAGACUAAAAUUAAACAUUAAAUAAAUGUUCAUCCUUAGAAUAUUAUUGUUUUUAUAUUCAGUGUAUUUCACGUUAAUAUUUGUAAUUGUUCAAACAUUUUUAAUUUCCUAAUAUAUAUUUUCAUAUGUACGAAAUUAUUGGGAGAUAAAUCCAGUUUGAGCAAUCAAAAACAUUAGGACAAAUAUAUACAGAGACUGAGCUUCUAAAGAAGAAAAUAUAUAUAAUAUGUAAUUUUAAACAUUAAAGUUCCGUUAGUCAGAAAUGGAUUACAAUGGCAGGAAGCUCCGGACAUGCUUUCUAAUUUUUAAAUAAAUUUUGUACAGUGAUUUUGGUGGCAAAAGACAUAUUUCCUGAUGCUUUUUUAAUUUUUAGAAACUAAACGUUUUCAGCAGUAUAUUCUUUAAGAACUAAUUUUUAAAAUUAAAAUGUUAAUUGCCAUACCAGCUACAGUAUAUUUAACGAAUUCCAAUCAUCAGUUGGAUUAGUAAUUUUGAGAAUUUUUCUUUUGCUUUGAUUACGGUUUAUUAUUAUUUUUAAAAAUCUACUUAAUAAUUUUAUUGUUUACCUACAUAUGUAUUUCAAUUUUUAAAUUGUGUACAAUUUUCUCUGUUUGUAGUCUUAAUUUGCUUUUAUUCUCUUUGUUCUUAUCUCCCUUAUAAAUGUUAAUAUAGAGUUAUGUACCUUAGACCGGGAGUAAUAAAACAAAAAUGGAGUUGCUGUAGCAAUAUAUAGAGUUUCAGGACAAAGACUGUAAGCGUGGUUUUAGAUUGACAAUGAAUUAUUUCUAGCUUUUCACUUUACAGUCUAUUAUUUACGAAUUUAGUGCAAUUAAAUAUCUGCUAUUUCACCAUUGUGCUUUUGUAAAGUGUUAAUAUAUAUGCUUCCAUCCAUUAAUUCUGUUAAAAGUGCUGCACCGUCAGCCUGUACCCUGUACAUAUGUGUAAAUUUCUCUUUCCAUUUUACUUCGUGAAUCUUUUUCUCUUUUUUUUUUGUGUGUAAAUGCUGUAGAUUUUUUUUUUUUUUUUUUUGUGUGUGAAUUAAUGUUUUUCAUGGUGUCGUUUAUAUUGUGGAUCUGUACAGCCUGUUUUCAAUGUCGUAUUUCUGCAUCAAUGUCUUAAUAUUCGUCAAGCCAGAUUAUUAAAUGCUACCAAAAUUA